AAGGGGGCAUCUAAAAAUAUACUUGACUGGAGCGAUUUAGCCCAUAGUGCGAUGAUCUUUCCAAAGUUGUCAACCUUUGUUGUUGUUCCGGCGCGAUGGACGAAUAUGUUGUGAAAUGGCUCAAAGAGUGGGAAUUGGAUGAUCUGGUGGAUAGAUUUCGUGAGGAGGAAGUGGGUGAACGGGCCUUUAGAAACCUGCCAGAUGAGAUAAUUCGGGAAUUGAUACCGAAGCUCGGCAAGCGAGCUAUCUUCUUGACGAAUUAUGCUUGCUACAAACAAAAUCUUCAAAAUCCGCCUGCAGAGAGUGCACCAGAAAUUGAUUCACAGGAAGAUGACACCGACACAACAUCGGAGGUACCUGUCCCGUUCCGGACGCCACCACAGCAAGUACCAUUCUCUAUAGAAGAGAUCAGCUGCAUCACUCGUGAAGAUCAGGAAGCCAAAGUAAACCUAUUACAGCUACUCGAGCGAACACCUAGCGCGGUGCAUUUGAUCAAGAAAGAGUUCUUCACUCGCAAAGAUCGAGAUCUAUUGUCACACGUCGUGAUCCAACAUCUGUGGCCGGAAUGCUGUGAGGAUGUAUUACCACAGGACACACUUUUGCUUUGGUCCAGGGCGGUAGAGUUUCUGUUCUGCCACGAAAUAGCUUCUAUCUACUGCCGUUUGGAUGAAGAUGGCGAACUCCAUGGCAUUUUCAUCAAAUGCAUCACCGGACUGAAACAAAGAGUUGCGAGGGACAAGCGAUUGGGUGAGUCUAUUAUGCUGUAAUGUUCUGCAGGACAUACCAACCCUCGGAACGCCAUCAACGACGUAACGAACAGAUACGAUUGCGAACGGCACUCCAAAGCAUGAAAAAUCCCAUCAGACGGCCGGUGGUGGAAGCUCGACAGCGAUUACGGCGAGCGCAGGACGAACUUCGGAAAGCGCAACUAGCAGAAGAUAGCGAGCAGGAGGAUCGUUGGCGCGUGGAGGUGGAUGAAGCGGCAGAAUUACUGGCUGAAGCGCGCCGGAAUCGACGCAUGCAAUGGCAGCGAGAGUGGAGACAGAAACAAAAGUCCCAGAGUAGUCAGGACAAGGAGCAUGAAAAUGCAUCAGAAUCAGGAUAAUAAUCAAAAUCUUCUCUCAUCCAUGUCAUUCUGUUAUUUAUGCUAAGUUUAGUAUACACCUAUGAAUAAAACAUUAAAUU